CAAUCGUGGAAAAGGAGAAAGCGAUCGUCGUCGCCCGUCGCCUCUCUGUCUCCGAUCGUUGCCAACAAUUGUCGCUGCCGCCGAACUUGCCUGUCGUCGUUGCUUGCUGGCAAGGAUUGUGGCCCCUAUUCCUGUGGGUUAUGUGUGGACUUAGUGUGUUGGGCUUGGGCUUUUCUUUGUUCCUUCAAAAGUAUGGGUCUGAGUUUGGACUCGUACUCUUUGGGAUAUUGAAUAGGGUUAUUGAAAGAAAUGGGUCUGUGAUUUUCCGUUUCAGAAGUUUGAUGAAAGAUGAAUUCCUUCUCAAUUACGCGAAAAAAGACUCCUUAUGAAAAACACAAAGAAGAGGAGGAGGCUAAGAAAAAGAGAGCACAAGAUGAAACAGCUCGUUUGUAUCAAGAGUUUGUGGAGUCAUUUCAAGGGGAUAGUGGGUCCAAAACAUUUGUGAGAGGAGGGACAAUUAAUCCCAAUGAAAAGCUGAAAACCGAUUCUGAAGGUGGAAAUUCCAAAGAUGAGGUAUCUGGUUCAAAGAAGGGGAGUAGAUAUGUUCCAUCUUUCUUACCACCUCCUUCAACCAAGGGCAAUGACCAUGAGAAGAAGAGGGAGGAGGAGAAGCCGAAGGAGAAAGGAAAGUCAAGGAACAUAGAUAAAUUUCUGGAGGAGUUGAAAAAAGACCAAGAAAUGAGGGAAAGGAGGAACCAAGAGCACGAACACGGGCGUGAUGGGCGUCAUAGUGAAAGUUCUUCUUCUAGCCGAUUCGAUGAACUGCCUGAUGUUUUUGAUCUAAGUGGAAAGCCUGGAUCAUUUGAUGAUGUGGAUCCACAAACUACAAACCUAUAUGUCGGAAAUCUGUCGCCUCAGGUGGAUGAGAAUUUCCUGUUGCGGACAUUUGGUAGAUUUGGGCCUAUUGCUAGUGUGAAAAUAAUGUGGCCUCGGACGGAGGAGGAACAUAGACGACAAAGAAAUUGUGGCUUUGUAGCUUUCAUGAACAGAGCUGAUGGACAGGCUGCAAAGGAUGAAAUGCAAGGUGUUGUCGUUUAUGAAUAUGAGUUGAAGAUGGGGUGGGGUAAAUCGGUUGCUCUUCCAUCACAAGCUCUACCUGCUCCUCCUCCAGGACAAAUGGCCAUUAGGAGUAAGGAGGGCGGCACUGUUAUCUUGUCUGGUCCAUCUGGCCCACCAGUUACUUCUGUCCCAAGCCAGAAUUCUGAACUGGUUCUUACACCAAAUGUUCCUGAUAUAACGGUUGUUCCACCUGAAGAUGGUCAUCUUCACCAUGUAAUUGAUACAAUGGCACUCUAUGUUCUAGAUGGAGGUUGUGCUUUUGAGCAAGCUAUAAUGGAGAGAGGCCGUGGGAACCCACUUUUCAAUUUUUUGUUUGAGCUGGGCUCAAAGGAGCAUACUUACUAUGUUUGGAGGCUGUAUUCAUUUGCCCAGGGUGAUACUCUUAAGCGGUGGCGAACAGAGCCUUUCAUCAUGAUAACUGGUAGUGGGAGAUGGAUGCCGCCUCCAUUACCAACAGCAAAAAGCCCAGAGCUGGGGAAAGAGUCUGGAUCGACAUAUGCUGCAGGAAGAACCAGGCGAGUGGAGCAAGAACGAACACUUACUGAACCACAAAGAGACGAAUUUGAGGACAUGCUGCGUUCUUUGACAUUAGAGAGGAGCCAGAUAAAGGAAGCGAUGGGUUUUGCUUUAGACAAUGCUGAUGCAGCUGGAGAGAUUGUUGAAGUUUUAACCGAGUCUUUGACGCUAAGAGAAACCCCCAUACCAACUAAAGUUGCGAGGCUCAUGCUUGUUUCAGACAUUCUUCACAAUAGUAGUGCUCCUGUAAAGAAUGCAUCUGCAUACCGUACAAAAUUUGAAGCAACUCUGCCUGACAUAAUUGAAAGCUUUAAUGACUUGUACCGUAGUAUAACAGGAAGAAUGACGGCUGAAGCCCUUAAGGAACGUGUUCUGAAAGUUCUCCAUGCAUGGACCGACUGGUUUUUAUUUUCCGACGCAUAUAUGAAUGGAUUACGAGCUACAUUUCUGCGAUCUGGAAAUUCUGGUGUGAUCCCUUUUCAUUCUGUAUGUGGGGAUGCACCCGAAAUAGAAAAUAAGACUAGUUCUGAGGAUACAAUUAAUGGUUCAGUUAACCAAGAUGCUGCAUUGGCAAUGGACAAAGGUGCAGCCAUGAAGGAACUAUUAAGUCUUCCUCUCGCUGAGCUGGAAAGACGAUGCAGACACAAUGGAUUAUCUCUUGUUGGUGGCAGUGAAAUGAUGGUGGCACGAUUGCUUUAUUUGGAGGAGGCAGAAAAGCAGAGGGGCUAUGAACUAGAUGAUGACUUGAAAUAUACCCAAAGCCAGUCGAGUUCAGGUCGAUAUUCAGGUGUCCGAAAAGAAACACCUAUGGAAAUGGAGCCAGUGGGAUUGUCAGGAUGGAGUCAUUAUGGGGUGGACGAGAUGCGUUCACAAGGAAAUGGGUCUUUACUGUUGGCCCCAAACAGACCUGUCCCACAGCCUGGACUAAAAGCUUCUGCAAAUGAAGAAGAUACUGAUCGUGUUUUGCCUGCUUCUAAAUGGGCCAGGGAGGACGAUGAAAAUGAGGAUGAGCAACAGAGAAGUCCUAGGGAUCUUGGGUUAAGUUACUCGUCUUCUGGAAGUGAGAAUGUCGGUGAUAGUCCUAAUAGGGCUGACAAGAUUGAGCUUGCGACGGAGCUAAGCAUUUCAGCACAUCCUGAUAUUGGGAUGAAUGAGGAACAAAGACAAAAGUUGAGACGUCUGGAGGUUGCGCUGAUGGAAUAUCGUGAAACCUUAGAAGAGCAGGGAGUCAAAAAGCCGGAAGAUAUUGAUAGGAAAGUUGCAAUCCAUAAAAGACGGUUGCUAUCUGAGUACGGGUUAUUGGAUUCUAGUGAGGGUGUUCCAGCCAACAAAAGAUUAUCUUUGGAGAGGGACAGAAGAGAUGGUUCCCGCGACUCUUCGAGAAAGCGGCACCGGAGCCAGAGCCGAAGUGAAAGCCCCCCACGGAAAUCAUCCAGCAAAGAGAAGGAUAAGAGAAGUGAUUUGGACAGGGAUCGAGAAAGGCACAGUGACAGAGACCGAAAUAGAGCUCAUGAUCCAGAGAGCCGGAGGGGAAGAGACUGGGAGCAAGAGAAGAGUGGAAGCAGAGAAAGGGAUGAUCACGACAGAGCUGUAAGUAGAAAGAAAGACGGGGAUCGAAGGAGAAGGGUGAAAUGAAUUUUGGUGAUGGUAGGGUAUCUCUGUAAAUCAUCGUAAUAUGGAAACAGGUUCGGACAUCUACCCAUUGGAGUUUGUCGGUGGUGUAAUGUGAAACCAUCGUUGCAAUGACAUCCCUCCUUUCAGUUGGUAGCCUGUGAAACGAAACAUUGUCCUGGUUAGCCUGUAUCUUUUGUAUGCAGUUGUAUUUUGCUUUGGCAAUAUCUCAUAAAUGUUGGUUUUAUGAUAAUGCUGAAAAGCUGAAUGCCUGCAUUUUAGUUGCUGAUCUUUUAUUUUACGGAGAUAUCUCCCAAGAAUUUUCAUUUUUCCAAGGGGUUAAAUCAUGCUUUAUGUGAUCUCGUUGUAUUGCUCGA